GCAAUUUUUGUGAAGAUGAUGUUAAUGAGGCAUACCAAAUUAUGACUUCGAAUCGAAAUGUAUCUGAUCAGCAACUUCUAGAUGCAUAUGUUUACACGUCUGACGGUACAUCUAGAAAGCAUCGUGAGGCUCUAUCAAUCAUUGGAAAAUAUCGUUUAAUGUAA